AUGAAAAACUCCAGUAAGCUAUGUUUGCUACUCAACAUUUCUUGUUGUCUAUGCAUUCUACUUAUCGUUGGUUCGAUUGUUGCCGUCUACAUGUUUGGACUACAAGCUAAAAUGCCAGAUCCAGGGUUUUGUACUAGAAAACAUGCAACACAAGCAAUGGAGUGUGCAAAAAAAGACGAUGAACUUGGUGCUGCAGCUGCCAGUCUGAAUCACACGAACAUUCUUCUGCGACGACCAGAAGAUUAUGAGCCACUGGGAGGAUUGUGCUUUGUCACUUUGCAAUGUGCAAGAGAAAUCAAAUGCCGAGCUAUUAGGAAUAUCCUGAACGACAUCAGCAUCUGCGGGUUUGUCUAUUAUUACACAAAAGAGUUCUCAGAGUGUGCCAAUCGUUUGUAUGAUAAGAGAGAUGAGAUUCCAUGUCUAGGAGAAAUUUUCAAUGAAAACAAACGAACGCCAAAGGAAGCCUGUCAAAAGUGGAAGUCGAUCAAUCCAUGUGUGAAGGACGCUAUCCGAAGCGAGUGUGAAGACAAGCUUGGCAUUCUUCAGUUCAAGUGGGAACAGAAGUCUCAAAAAGCCAACAGCAUCUACUGUGAGGAAGAUCGAAGGAUCACACUUGGGUCGGCAGAGGAAACCGAAAAUUGA